ACUAUCAGAUGAAGGAUUGUAAUCUGGUACUCCUGAAGCAGCAGUUGUUCCAGACCAUGAGUUCCUUCGUCCUGCCCCGUCACUCACCCAUUCUGCCUGCCGUCAACUACUACAUGUCCUUAAUGGACGAGAGUGGGAUCCUGGAGAAGCUUCGCCAGCGCUGGUGGAGAGGUCAACCCUGUGAAGACAUCGGCACCGUCACCGCUUAUCAGAGCCUUGGUCUGUGGGAGGUAUGCUCGGCGGGGCUGUUAAUGUUGGUAGGCGUUGUGAUGGCGGUGUUGGUGUGCUGCCUGGAGCACGCCGGCCCACGCCUCCACCACACCUCCCUCAUCACCAGGACUACGACCAGUAAUAGGAAUCGUAGUAUUAGUAGUGAGUGUAUCCCGUCCUCUCAACGCUGCUCUACCAACACAACUCAUGGCCAGGUCUUGAAGACAGUGUUGUCAGACUAAGGUGUUUUUAAAAGCAAUUAAUAAGAUGCCUCAAGCAAGCUCACACAUUUGUCGCUUAAUAAAACAUUUUGUUUCUUCCAUUGAGAGAUUUGCGAGAGUUUCGGAGCAGUCUAACCUCAUCGUCAGACAAACUAUAAAACAAAAUCAUGCAUGAUGUAAGACGUCAGUUGUAUACAGGAAAUAAUUUAAAGGCCAAACAGUGCAAGGCGUCUGUAAACAUAAAAACAAGUGAACCUCACGUAAAGACCAAACAUUGGGUGACAAAUACAUCUAAAAGUAUACCAGUGUAAAACACAAAAGCAAUACACCAAGGAAAACUAUUGAAUUUUUGUUCUAGAUACACAAAAUAUUAUUAUCAGAUUAUUUUUGGACUGUAUCUCUCCCUUUGAAAUGUUAUUUUAAUAUUUAAAAACGUCUGACUUCUUUUAUCUUGACAGAAAAGAUUUCCAGUAUUUCAAAGGUUCUUGAAAGCAUUUAGCAUUUCUUUAUUUCAUUCAGUGGAAGAAAUAUUGUUCACAGCUUGACUAAGGAUGAUGUCUAAGGACAAAACUGUUGUUAUGAAGUCUGAUAAAGGCAAUGAAAUUGUUAUAGCAAAUACUGUAUAGAGGAUAAUGUUAGGAAGCUGUGACGCCUUUGAAUUCCAUCCUCCAAUGUUCUUUUGAAUAUUUUGAACAAGGAAGAGUAAAUCAACAAGUUUUGUAAAUCUUGACUAUCAGUUUGUUUAUACCGUAUACUGUACAACGUGUGUGUGUGUGUGUGUGUGUGUGUGUGUGUGUGUGUGUGUGUGUGUGUGUGUGCGCGGCAUUAUUAUGCCCUAAAAUAAUCUCAUUUAAUUACUUAAGGUGAACAUAUAUGUAAUUCACCACGUUUCAUUAAAUCCAUAAUUGUAACUCUUAAGUAUACUGAUGUCUGUGAAUAUAGUUAAUGUAUCAAUUAAUUCCAACCAUAUUGUUUGUAGAUGCCAACUGUACUCAUUGUAACCACUUAUUAUCCUUCGCUUCUUCCACGUAUGUUUGGGGGUCAUCUGUGUUUUAUGGUUAUAGGAGAAAAAUUCGAGCUGGGGUCAGGAUUUUAGGUUGAGACGGAGGUGGACGCAACUAAAUAAAGUGCCAAGUACACCAUAAACAGUAACCCAGAGGUAUAUUCAAUGCGAGGAAAUAAA